UCCCCGAUGCCAAUAUCAACUUUCUCGUUGUCCACCAAAUAUAAUAUUGGAUAAAAAUAAAAAGAAAAGAAAAUCCUCAGAUCAGAUCCACAGUUUCAUAUCCUAUUCUCAGAUCGAUCACACCACGUCCUCUCACACAAAAGAAUCAAAUAGACGGAGCAUCAAAGAAUCUGCCAUUGAUUUUCAGAACCGGGAUAGCAGAAUCUGUCGAAGAGUGGAAAUUCGUCCGCCGGAAAUUGCAAUUGUCAGCCAAAUUUUGAAUCACCUGCCAGAAUAAGCUUGUGAUCGAUCGAGUACCAUCUAUAGACUUUUGGAGGACGUUUAUAUUCACACUGUUGGGCUGGUUCUGGUGGAUCGAACAUAGCAUUUCUGGAUUGCAGUAAAAAAAGGGAAGAUCGGUAAUUUGUGAUGGCUGCAAGGAGGCCUGGCUUAAUUGCCCUUUUUGAUGUUGAUGGCACGCUUACAGCACCACGAAAGGUGGCUACUCCUAAGAUGUUGGAAUUCUUGAGGGAGCUCAGAAAGGUUAUGACAAUUGGUGUAGUUGGAGGUUCUGACCUGGUUAAGAUAUCAGAGCAGCUUGGAAAAUCAGCCAUUAAUGAUUAUGACUAUGUGUUCGCUGAGAAUGGCCUUGUGGCUUACAAAAAUGGCACGGUAAUCGGAACACAGAGCUUAAAAUCGUUUCUUGGGGAAGAAAAGCUCAAGGAAUUGAUUAAUUUUACACUCCACUACAUUGCUGACUUGGAUAUCCCAAUUAAAAGGGGAACAUUUAUUGAAUUUCGAAGUGGGAUGCUCAAUGUAUCACCAAUUGGAAGAAACUGCAGUCAGGAAGAGCGAGAUGAAUUUGAGAAGUAUGACAAGGUUCAUAAUAUACGCCCAAAAAUGGUGUCAGUUCUCCGUGAAAAGUUUGCACACUUUAACCUAACUUUUUCCAUUGGAGGCCAAAUCAGUUUUGAUGUUUUCCCUCGUGGCUGGGAUAAGACAUAUUGUUUGAGAUACCUUGGUGAUUUUCAUGAAAUCCACUUCUUUGGAGACAAGACGUACAAGGGAGGAAAUGACUUUGAGAUAUACGAUUCUGAGAGAACCAUGGGUCACACAGUUACUUGCCCAGAGGAUACAGUCAACCAGUGUACUACUCUCUUCCUUAGCAAGCCAGACGGACAAGCCUGAUCUUGUCGUGUAGCACUGCAGCAUUCAAUUGUAUUUCAUUGUAAUUGUACACUUCAUCAAUAAACUAGAAAAGGAGAUUUAGUCCCUGGGCACACGAGGCAGCAGGCUAAAUCUUUCGAAAGACGAGCAAGAUGAGGGGCUUUAAGCUUCUUGUAGCUUUCAGUUUGUAUGCCAUUUGUAACUUUAACAUGUCUUUAAAGCAUAGUUCAAAUAACAUGGAACUUUGCUAUUUGUAUACUGAUUUUUGAUAUUUUAAUUGACACUUGCAUUGUUAUCAAGUGUUAAUUGAAUGGAAAAGCUGUUUGAAAUUU